GUUUUGUAAAAAAUACCUCGACUGCUGCUGUUUCGUCAAAAUAUUAAACGCAACCUCAUCCUGGUUUUGCGUAAGACGUAACUGAUAAUUUUGUAUGAAAAAGUGUCCUCAGAUCUGGUUCGAAAAUUACAAAAAUGCGUUCGUUUUUUUCUCCGCCUCGUCUGCUUUUCGCUGCAAGAAGGUCGUUCCUGCCCGAUGAUCAUUUUGGUGAAGUUUUCUUGUCAAAGUCAACCACGGCUUUGUUUUGAUUUUUAUCUGCCGGGCCACCUCAACUAGUAUUCUUCGCAACUACCUCCUGCCUUGCCCGUCACAUAUUGAUUGGAGUCGACGGGUUCUGUCUCCUGCAAAAAUUCUCUUCUCCAAAGCGUCGCAAAGACCACCCCCCGAACGGGUAGCUAGACGGAGUUGGGCAGAUUUGAGGCGACGACCACCUUUUCUGAGGACGGCAGCGGUGCAGGCUCAGACAGCAUUUUUGCUGGCGUCGAAUCCUCCUCAAGAACCAAGUGCGUCGGUAACCGCACGUGAACUACCGUGCAGCAUGAGAAUGGGCAGCACGAGACGGUGCGCCGUAGCGAGGGCAUGCACGACGCGUGGAACAAGUAGAAGAUGCGCAUCUUUCAUCCGUAUUGCGGGAGGGAAGAAUUAUACUACCACCAGGAUGAACAAAACCCCCUCCCACAGUCGUGCCGCGAUCGUGCUGGCCAUGAUGGUGUUGAAAAUGAAUUCUUUGCUCAGCCUACUAUUAAAGCCGGCAUACUUCUUCUACACGACGAGUCCCGUAUCAUUUGUCGCAGUUCACGCGGCGCAUUGGAACCCGAACGAGAUUCCGCCAGAAAUGUUUAUGUCCGCCAUGGACUUUGAUCCCGCAGCAACGACACCAGCGUCCUCCAGCACCUCGCCAUUCGAUGGAGAACGGAAAAAUUUUCGUGCGGAGCACCAAGCGGCACCUGGUGCUGUCAAAAAACCUACUGCUUCCCCGUCGGCCGGCGCGAAAGCAGGUGGCACGAGGAAGCUCGGCAAGGAGACGAAAGAGAAAUCUAGCUGCAGUGACGAGGGCGCCAGAAAAAACAAUACAAUGACAAUUUCUGAAUCUGAACAAUCCGUUGAGGGAGGUACCAGCAUGGAUGUCGAUAAUAUGGCGAGGGAAGGGAGGGACGUCGCGUCUGGCGGGAGCACGACAAGGAACGCUGCUGAAGAAGUUGUUCCGAUGAUACAAGAGCAGGGAGGGCAACACCAUCACCAGCAAGAAGCCGCGGGAUCAGCCCCCGGCGCAUCCGUAUGAACUGCAAAAGUAUCGCACUCGUAUAAAUGCAUUACAAAUUUCCUCAGCAUGAGUAGAAAAAGAAAUAAAAUCUUUAAUGCGACUUUACCUUAAGAAAAAGAUUCGUAGUGCAUGAUUGCAAUACGACUGCGAAUGCGAUACUUUUGCAGUAGUUCAUAAUCCGGGAUGGACAGCAGCUGGAUUUUCAAAAACACCUCGGCGCUCUUUCAGGAGGCACUAUCACACAGAAAAAAGCAGGCAGGUCUUCAUGGUCACAUUUGUAAUGCAAAAACAAAUACACGAAAGAAAUCUGCAUUGCAUAUCCUAAACAGCAUGCUAUGGGGCCAGGCAUGACAGAUUUUUCUGUGUAUUUAAGGUUUGCAUUACAAAUUAUUUGCCCACCUGCCUGCUUUUUUCUGUGGGAUAGGCACAGCAGGCAGCGUACUACCUUGCGCGGUCAACGGCCAUGGAGGCAGCGCAACUGCGGGACCAGAUGUCCCCAGGGAAGAUGAUGAUGGAGAAUUAUAUGAUGAAAACCAAAGCACUCUUGGUCCCCUCCUCGCCUUCGAAAUUGAAGAACCCCAUGGAGUAUGCACUACAAAUAUAAAGUAUCGUUGUAGAAUAAAUCGCAUGACAAUUAUCAAGGACUAGCAAAGAAACAUAGAAUUCGUUGAUACACCGCCACAAUUUCAAUUUGUAUGAAAGCGAGAGUGGAUGUGCUGUCAUGGCCUGAUUGCGUUUACAACGAGCGCGAUGCUUCUCGUUUUGUAGUGGAUAUGGGAAGACUGAAGUCCGCCGGAACUAGCAUGAUGCCCAAGAUCACGGACUUUGAUUUCUCGCAUUUCGGAGGCGGAGGAACAGGGGGCACAACUAGUAGUACAGUGCCAGCAUCAGGAACCGCGACUGCGGGGGAACAAGAACGCCAUGGAGCAGACACUAACGCAUCAAAAGGAACUAGUACUUUUAGGAAAAACAAGAAGGAGAGGAAGACAGGGACGAACCUUCACGACGGAAGUAGGGCGUCAGCGUCGACGUCCAUCAAUUCCGCUGGUAUUUUGAAAACAAAAAAAGACAACCGCACGAAUCUUCCGACGGCAGACGCCAGUGGGACAAGUACCGGCUCCUCGUGGACGAGUGCGAUGUUUGCGGAGAGUCAAAACCCCCCGCAGGUUGCUCCUGCUGUCGAAGUUGUGGGAGAAGCAGUCGCACAACUAGGAGCCGCGCCCGUCAGUACAUCUGCCCAUAAAAAGCAGAGCAGCAAAAGCUCCAAGCACGCGAAACAGAAUAUGCACUGCAAAAGCAUCGUGAUCGUCGAAUGAUCGUGCGUAGUCGUAAUUGCAUGACCAAUUAUUUCCUUGGCAUUAAAGUUAAAUAUAAUCAGACGUGUAAAUCCCAAAUCAGGUACUUACAACCAGGAGACCACAUCUAUCAUGAUGCAUGAUGGCAACUAUUACUGUAGUAGGACGCAUUCGAGUGCGAUGCUGUUGCGCAGAAUACAGAAAAAAAAACCGAAAAACUUCUUGGAAAUCGAACCUUCGAGUUUUCCGUAUGGGAUUCUCAACUGAUACGUUCUCAACUGUUCCAUGGUUAUGGUUUGUCAUGCAAGACUUCCAAAUUUGUAAAUGCAAGAGGCGCAAAAUAUCCCUGGUCAAUUCAAUUGGCCAGGGAUAUUUGUUUGCGCCGCUUGCAUAAUAGAAUUUUUGGAACAACGGAUGGCCAUGCUAUUUAGCCCUUCAAGUAGAAUUUGUACUGCGAGCCAGCUUCAUGGCGUUGAAGUUGCUGGCAAUUUUGCAUUACAAAGCAUGUACCACUCGAGAAUGUUGCGCCGUUUGAGACUGUCAUAUACCGCCGAGUCCGCCAGACAGCGACGAGAUUUCGGUGGUAGAUGCUGUGGAUGUGGCAGAAAGAGGGUACUAUACUGUUUUUUGUAUUUACGUUAUGAAAUUUGGAGCAAGUGGUCUGCUCUGCACAACAAGUACCGAUAGAGAGCGCAUACUGAAGUCCUUCGGCGUUCCUGUUUAUUGUAAAGAAAAGUUGUAAAGUCUUGAUCUAGAUCUUCUUCGUGCCACCUGUACAAGUACAAGUAGUGCCGCUAUAUAUUUUCUCAAGAUAAAAGCAAAAUUGGAAAAAUCACAGUUCUUCCCUCGCGGCGAUGUCGUCUAUUGGGGAGGAGAUUCUGGUAUCAAGUGCAAAUAUCCCUGCAGGGUCUGGAUGAUUGCACGGCUUGUCAUGCAAGUUUUCCUUCACGUUCAGUUCACGCCUCACAAGAACAGAUUUUUCUGUGAGAGUGAGGUCUUGUUUCUCACACCCACUUAUUCUGCACGAGAAACAAGCUUGAUGUCCACGAUGGGCACGACCAUAACUACGACGUGUGCUAAGCAACAUGCGAAACAGAAGAUUCUUGUGAGUGUGACUCUGACUGACAGGACAGCGCAUCUUCACAAGUUUGCAGUCUACAACUUCCAGACGCAGAGCGAUAUUUGCAACGCAUAAGUGGGUAUCAACUGCAAAUAUGUCUGGGUCUGGAAGAAUGCCAGACUUGUGAUGCAGGUUUUGCAUGUCCCAUGAGGUCUGGUAUGUAGGACAGAGCAUGACAGAUCAUUUGAGCGCUCUAUCAUACCUAUCCUCCAUGAGAAACUGCCUCUCGAUUAGGUCAAAAGCGGACAGCUUUUGGUAAUCAUACAACACAGAUUUUCACACGAUUCAGAUGUAGCAUGACAAGUUGCAGCUUUGUUCCAGACCCAGACAUUUUUGCAUUUGAUAGUGGGGCAAAUUUACGACAGUAUGCCCGACCCGUCGAGUAUCACCAGCCCGCUCGAGGAAUUGGGGAAGAGACUCUCGAGCCUUGUGUUGCACGACAGCUUCUCAACGACCUCAUCCGGUAAGAGAAUACUGGAACAAAACCUGGACCCGUUUUUGCUGAAGACCACUGUAGGAGGUGGAGCAGGAGAACAACGAGGUGACAGUGACAGCAAGUCGGGACGAAGAACCACCACGACUAGCACGACGAAGUGGGAUGAAUCAAUCUCGUCAUCUAGUACGAGCCUUCUCAACAACGGCGCGGAAAACAUGAGUAAUACGGUCAUCAGGGAAGAUUAUUUCUCCUCAGGAGCUGGUGCACCACCCGCGAGGAGCCAGGCACUUACCACGGUUGCCGAAGACGAGCUGCAGGACGAGUCAUGUUGUGGUAGUUCCCCCAGCAGUAUCAGUAAAUCUAGUUCCACCUCGAGGGAUACGAAGAACAAGCCUUCAUCUCCGCUACAAUCAAAUGACAAGCACGUUUCUCCUCCGCUUUCUGAGACCGAUGGAGGAAAGGGAGUACUAGCAGUCGAAAGCAUUCAAGCACUACCUCUUGUUCUCGAGGAACCGGCGAAAAAGUAUGACUCACAGGCAGGCGAGCAACAAGAUGAAGUACAACUCCGGGAUCAUGAAAAGGAUACCACGCACCACAGUACCUCCGCACAAGGACAUCAACAGAACUACACUGGUAAAAAAUCUUGUUGUAAUGCCGCAAGUGUAGUUGAACGACAACCAUCUCCCCACCGGAUCAUGUUGUCCACUGGUGAAAAGGGACGGGAACAAACUUCCCCCGUCGGGGUCGGGGCUGCAGGUGGUCAGCUGGGACGAGAUGAUAGUAGAGGUACGGAGCUCGAGUUGAACCCAAAGCCAAACUCACCUCCAGAAGUGCAAGAGAAGAUCAAAGGCGGUACAAGAAUUUUUACAGCCGAAAUGGACGUUGAUGAGGAUGAAGACAAGGAGGACUUCCACGAUUCUAAUGAGGUUGAACAAACAUCGGAUAGUGGUGGUGCAGCUCCAGGGGAAAUAAACGAUGCAAGUGCAUCAAAUUCAAAGCGACAUGUACAUGACGUCGACAACAAUGAAUCCGACUCGGAGUUCCACGAAGCGCUCUCCAACGACGAAGAUUUUGCGAGCUCCUGGUGCGUUCUAUCAAACAAAUGCACAAGUAGAACUGAAUCCUCCUGGCUGCGUUUGUCAUGCAAAACUUCUACAGCAUCCAUCAUUCUUUGUGUCUUGUGGCGCUGGGAGCGGGUGUCCAUGAUGAUGAUGAUGAUGUCUUAGCACGACCGGCUGCAUUUUGACAAGUCUUGGGAAUUAUACAGUACAACACUUCUCCGCGUGUAAGUAGACUCACUUGCCAUGCGAAGAAAGCUGCACUCUUGCGACUGUUUCUAUUCUUGUCGAUGCCAUGAUGCCUAUGCAAAUGAGGGGCGGUUGAGUAGUAGUUCUUGUGUACUGUAAUACAUUUUGUCCGACGAGGACUAUGGAAUUCCAGCGUCUUCAAAAGACGAAGAGAACGAUUCGCCUGCAAGUGCUGGGGACGAGGAUCAUACAACAGAAAAAAUUCAGCACCAACUACGACCAGACCAAGACCAGGAUGAAAUAAAAAAUGCAGUUGUCCUGGAUGGCGGACCACCAGCAGCGAUGCCCGACAGCAUCAAGCCGCGCAAACUAUAUGAAUUGCAAAAGUAUCGUACUCGUAUAAAUGCAUGACAAAUUCCCCCAGCAUGAGAAAUAAGAUUUGUCAUGCGGAUUUACCUUGGGAAAAAAACUUGUAAUGCAUGACUGCGAUUGCUACGAGUACGAUACUUUUGCACAGGAUAAACUACAGCGCGCAACCACGAUCUCCACGCGGUGCGACUCGUCCGACACCCUGCCAAUUCCGUUCUCGCCAGCUGCAUCAGAAUAUGCUGCGCGAAAGUAUCGCACUCGUAUAAAAAGUGCAUUACAAAUUUCCUCAGCAUGAGAAAAAAAUUUGUAAUGCUGAUUUACCUUUAAAAAAAAGAUUUGUAAUGCAUGAUUGCAAUUCGAGUACGAUUACGAUACUUUUGCACAGGAUACAGAACAGCCGGGGUCGCCCAGAAGUAGCAACGCGAACGGCGACGAUUAUUACGCGAAUGCCGAGGAGGAUCAGGAUGCUCAUCAAAAUGCCAAUUCGCAACUGCUGCUGGAGGGCGUGGAUUUUGACAACAGCACCGAGGACAACUCACAAAGGCGAACAAGCACUCGCGCUGCUCUCCGAAGAACUACGACCUCACAAGAGACCAAAAAGAUGGAGCUGCAACUGGAAGCUUUGGCUACGGCUGCGCUCGCGGAAUCGGAGUGGGUCAUGCCGAACCCGGCCGUCACGGAUGCGGCGAAAGGCGUGACGACGAUGACUUUCUUACGGAAAGUCCAGCUGGACCUGACUGGUGUCAACAGCGUUCGCAGCGCGGAGGGGCAGAGUCUUGUCACCGCGAAAUCCUGGCCGCCAUGCGAGUUUGGGUUCGAUCUCGCCCGCUUUUCGAAGCAGCUCAAAAAACUACCCGAGUACGGAAGCGAAGAGGAGGCUACGCAUCGCAGAACGAUAUCGUAAGAGCGUGAAUUGCAUAUGCAAACUUGACGUUGAGGAGGAAGAUUGGAAUUUGUCCUGCUGAUGAAGGUGGGGAAGCAGACUUGUGAUGCAUGUUACUGCAAUGAGUACGACUACGAUAUUACUUUUGCAUCGGAUAGAGGCUGAGAAGGUCUGGAAGGAGGACGUGAAGAAGGAAUUGGAGAUAUUGUGUGUAAAAACGUCCCCAUACUUCAAUCAUCGACAAAUCUGCAUGCUUCAAAUGUUUCGCAUGCAAAGUUUCAUGAGAAUCAUUUUCCAGUGGUAUACGUGAUGCUCGAAUCAGCAUGAAAUGCUCGCUAGCUAUACCUAAACACGACUGCAAUAUUGCGAGCCCAAAGUUGUCAUGCCCGAAAGCCAAAACGCAUUGAAUUUUCUAGCAGAUUUCCCAUCUUGCCUCUUGGCUGUGGAGUCCGUUUUUACUCACGAUAGGAAAAGCGGGAGAAACUGGCGAAAAGCGGAGGGAAAAGUGCUGAAGUAGGAACAAAGGCAACAACGACAGCCACGACGAAAGCCUCAACACCGCUCUGUCUGUAUCCUGUGCAAAAGUAUCGUACUCGUAUAAAUGCCAGACUAGCAUGACAAAUCUGGUUUCUUAGGUAAUUUAGCAUGACAAAUUCAUUUUUUCAUGCUGAGGAACUUUGUAAUGCAUUUAUACGAGUACGAUACUUUUGCAGUUCAUAGUCUUGCAUCGGAUGACGCGGCCAAACACUUGUAUUUUCGCUUUGGAUAUCAGCUGCAACUAUGUGCCUGGGUCUGGAAGAUUGCAAGACUUGUCAUGCUAGUCUGGCAUGACGCUGCACAUGCACUCUGUAUUGCCUGGCCGCAAACACGCUCUCCCGCCUGUCAUGCAAAAACGCAGCGUCUCAUGCGGGAUAAAAAGUACGCAGCACAGAAGCACGAGAAAGCUUGUCAUGCUUGGCGGCGCAUUUUUACAGUGCGCUUCUAUAUAAUUCUCUGACUGGCAUCUUCACAGCUUUCCAGAUCCAGGCGUAUUUGCAGUUGAUAUCGGGUUGGACACGGUGUCGAUGAGCCGCGCGAACCAGUACAUCGACAAUUUGGUGCUUCCGCCGAAGGUACUAGAAGUAGUUGUAUUUUGUGCACGAGUUUUGUGUCACUUGCAAUGAUCUUGCUCCUCGUUCUAUUUUAUAGAAAAGUAGUAUAAAGAGAAAUGCUUCUACGUGGUCUUAGUCUUACUGCGUUCGUCUUUGAUUGUGGUGACACAUCAACUUCGAUUCUUGCAUCAGUUUUAUGUUUGUAAAAAAAUAUUUAGAAAAGCAGGAUCGCAUUUUUUUCAAGAUCAAGGUAAAGAAUCGACACAAAAUCCACGCAAACCUCCAGGUGUCUUUCGGCCCCACGCACUACCGGCAAACGCAUGUGACAUUAAACCAGCCCGCUACUGUGCAAGACACGACGAAAACCGAAGUUUCGCUCGACAUCUUUUCCGCCGAAGACACCCCGUACCUCUGGACGCUCCAGGUAACGGCGGAGGUGAUGGUGCAAACAGGCGCGCGCUUCAGGGUGGUUGCGAAGUUAAAAGAGAUGAUCGCGAAAGCUGUGGCGCACUGGGGCCUCCCCGAGCUGAAUCACGAGCUUUCCCCCUUCCGGGAGAUUGCGGAAAGUUUGACGCUGCUGUUUGUCAAGGAGGUUCUGGUUUGACGAGGGAACAAUGGGAAAUUUGGAAGCAGGUCAGUGAUACAUAGCUGUGCCGGACGAGAUGUUGGACGUGAAUAAAGAAGGCAACCGGCACACUAGCUGCAUUUCUGACCGAUAUGAAGGUGAUUCCGAUAGCAGGAUGUUUUUCUAGAUAUAGAUUAAGAAUACAGAAACAAAACGAAAAUGAAAAAAUGGAACAUUGCUCUGUACUAUGAAUGUGGUAUCCGUAAAGAAAUUCGAUAGAUGCGCCAUCUUUUUACAGGAUCGAUGGCCAUGAAUAUUACACUGGAUAAUUUUAUACUGUCGUACGGAUUUGCAAGAAUAUCAAUAUCGUUUCUGUUUAUAUCGUUUCGCCAUUGUCGUGGCCAUGCAAUAAAUUGAACUAGUACAAUCAUGUAUCAGAACAAUCAAUGUUUUGACGGCGCCGCCGCCGCGGCCGCUCCCUUGCAAGAUUGAGUAGAAUUUUACGCAGUGUUUUGUUGUAAAAGUUCCAAUCUCUUGUAGGUGUUGUGUCUUGUAAUUACUAAUGUUGAAAAUAGAAGGAGUCAAUAGCUGCAUUGGAUACAAGAAGCUAUGACAUACUUGCAGCUAGGGUACUAUUGGGGAACGAGAACGGUGCUGUAAAAAAAAUAGAGCAGAUGGGUUUCAAGUGGAAGCUUCCCAUUUACCUCCGGAGUUUUGAAGUUUGCACGAAUGAAACUAAAACGCCAGAUGACGAAGAAACAACAUUGUUGAGCACGGUCUGCAAAACGCAAAGGUGGUGGAACAAGGUAUGAUAUAAAGCAUCUGAGUCAACAGCACACACUCCAGUGCUGGAGGAUAGCAUCAACGUCGCUGCUAAAACUGAAGGCGAUAGUGGUUGAAGAAAAG